CACACGCGCUGUCUGAACGGGCAGACGCUCUCCAUUCUACAACGGGCAAUGAAAGCCGCAGCCGUCCUCGUCGCGACCUCGCUCGCCGUCGCCAACGCGACCAUCUCGGUGCCCGGCAUCAACUACAACCCGCGCGUUGGGCCCAACUGGGGCCCCGACGCCACCAACUGCAAGUCGUCGGCCCAAAUCGACAAGGAUUUUGCGAUUUUGGCCAAAAUCACCAAGGGCGUGCGCAUCUACUCACUCACCGACUGCAACGCGGGCGAGCUUGUCAUUGGCGCGGCCAAGAAGGCGGGUCUCACGGUCUGGCUCGGGCUCUGGGUCGGCCCCGAGCCGACGAUCUUUGCCGCCGAGAAGGCCAAGCUAUCGUCGCUUAUCUCGAGCGGUCUUGUUGACAGCACAGUCGUUGGUGUCCACGUCGGGUCGGAGGCUGUGUACCGGAAGGAUGUGACGCCCGAGAAGGCGAUCUCCAACUUUAAGGAAAUCAAGGCGGUUCUUACGACGGCCAAGAUCAACUUGCCGGUGACGAUUGCCGACAUUGGCGAUACGUGGAUUGCAAACCCGUCAAUGGUCGAAGCGGUGGACGUGGUGUCGGCCAACCAGUUUCCGUUUUGGGAAAACAAGAACGCCAACGACGCGGCGGCGUGGUUUUACAUGCGCAUGGAGCCCCUGAUCGCGUCGGCGACCAAGUACAAGAAGAAGAUUCUCAUCUCCGAGACGGGCUGGGCCACCGGUGGGUCAGCGGUCAACACGGGCCCGACGACGCCGGCGCAAGCCGCGAAAUACUUUAACGACUUUUCGAUUCUGGCCAAGCAAAUGGACUGGGACUACUACUACUUUUCGUCGUUCGACAUGGCGUUCAACGCAAACGCGUCGAUCACUGACAACGUCGAGGAGCACUUUGGCCUCUUCUACGCCAACGGCACCAUGAAGCCGUGCUACGCCGAGCUCACGGUCUCGGGCGCGACGACCGUCGUGACCAAGGCGCCGUCGCAGCUCUCCAACGUCACCAUGACGCCGGUGCCCAACACAAUCCCCAAGAACAACAACGACGGCAUGGGCCCCAAGACAAACAACUCGACCAAGCCUACCGGCGCAACGUCGUCGCCCGGUGCCAACGCGUCGCCGAGCGCAGGCUCCAACUCGACGGGCUCUGGCAAGUCGAGUACCAAGUCGGCGGCAACGGGCGCCGCUCUCACAAGCCUCGUGACGAUGGCGAUCGCAUCCGUUAUUAUGAUGGCCAUGUAAUCAUCCAUCAGCGAGUGUAGCUGACAGAAAUGAAUGGAGUG